AUGUCGGAGGUUCGCAGCUUCACAGCUCGACCCCUGUCGAAGCAGGCCCGCAGCGACCACAAGGAUGCGUUCCGUAUCUAUCUCUCGUCCUCUUCGAUGGCUGGUUUAAGACUCCGGGCUGACGAUCUGUGUAGUCUCACGCUGCCGGAUGGGACAUCGAUGACUGCGAUCGCCUGGACUGCUGUGGAGAACAUACAGAACACGGUCGUACAAACCUCGAGGGCCCUCCAGGACUGCUAUGGUGUCAAGAUAGGAGAGAAAGUCGCCAUUACGAAGCUUGAUAGGUGUCUAGAGGAUCUUGACUCGAUCAUUCUCAUCGAUAGCUCCGACAGUGAGAAAAUGGCAAAAUACGGCGCAAUACCCGCGGAAGAAAGAUGCCACUGGGAAUGGGCUUUAGAAUUCCAAUUAUCGAGAUGUGAAGUCCUCGCGAAGGGGCUGGUAUUCGAGUUGGACCUCAAGGGCCAGCGUCGUGCUUUUCAAGUGAUCGGACUUCAUACACUGAAUUCGAGCAGCCUACCGAACACCAUUUUUCGAUUUUCAAAAGCCACAAAAAUCUCGAUCGGAACAGAGGUAGAGGUUCCGACAGAGUCCCCGUCUAGAAUUUCCGUUCAAACAGCAAAUCUCGGUGGUCUUUCACGGCAGAUCGAAGAUAUAAAUGAGAGCCUGUCUGACUUCAACAUUGACCAUCGCAAACCGACCAUGCCCUCGUUCUACGAACACAACCGAGGAAUCCUUAUAUUUGGUCCCAAAGGAACUGGGAAAACCAUGCUCUUGAAGCAAAUCGAGAAGGCCGGCUGGCGACAGGUAUUCAAAAUUGGCACAUCUUCUCUCGGGAGGAGCAUCAGCGACGGUGAAACAAAGCUUCGGAGUACGUUCCAAGAAGCUGUGCGUUCUAAACCCAGUGUCAUUAUAUUUGAUCAGCUGGAAUUUAUCGCGCCCAAGAGGAGUUCCCUUGAGUCUCAGUCCAUGGCCUCAGUCCUAUGCGAGAACCUCGAUGCCAUACGGAGCGCAUCCGUUCUUGUCGUCGCUGCAACAAGACACCCGAAUCUCGUCGACGAUUCGCUGCGUACUCCUCAUCGAUUUGGUACGGAAAUUGAACUUCAGGUCCCCACGGCCCAGGACAGGGCAGAAAUACUUCGUGCCAUAAGGGGUCCAGUUUCGGCUGGACUGGAUGAUGGGCUAAUUGAUCUGCUUGCGGAAAAGACGCAUGGUUAUGUUGGAGCGGAUCUUUAUGCUCUACUGCAAUUGAUCUGUCGCAAAGCACGAUCGCGACAGAUUCUUGACCAAGGGUAUUCAUUCCAGGAAAUGGAAUUUAGCACUGGCUCUGAAGGUAACGAAGAACCCAGUGUUGAGUUGGAUAUCCGAGAAACAGACGUUCUGUCCUCGCUACAAGAAAUCCGCCCUACUGCCAUGCGAGAGGUAUUUCUCGAGACCCCUAAAGUGCGAUGGUCGGACAUUGGAGGACAAAGCGACAUUAAGAAACGUCUACAGCAAGCGGUCGAGAGGCCUCUUAAGCACCCCGAACGGAUGCAAAGACUCAACGUGAAAAGCAAAAAAGGCGUUCUCCUUUACGGGCCACCAGGCUGUUCCAAAACUCUCACUGUCAAGGCGCUGGCCACAGAGGCUGGGUUGAACUUUUUGGCCGUUAAGGGUGCUGAGAUUCUGAGCAUGUACGUGGGAGAGUCUGAGCGCUCUUUGCGGGAGAUCUUUCGCAAGGCUCGAGCUGCUAGGCCCAGCAUCAUUUUCUUCGACGAAAUUGAUGCCAUUGCAGGACGGCGGAGCACUGGAUCUCAAGGUGGUGUCAAUGUUCUCACGACUUUGCUGAAUGAGAUGGAUGGUAUUGAGGAGUUACGCAGUGUGCUCGUCAUUGCGGCAACUAAUAAACCAGAUGUUUUGGAUCCUGCUCUUAUGCGUCCAGGCCGCUUGGACAAUAUCCUCUAUAUUGGACCGCCCGACUUCGAAGCCAGGAGAGAAAUUUUCCGAAUUUGGGCCAGUAAGUCCGUGAUCCAUCCGGAUGUAGACCUUGAUGAUUUGGCCAACCGGACCGAGGGCUAUUCCGGGGCAGAAGUCGUCAGUAUAUGCGAAACUGCAGGCGAUGCGGCUCUCGACGAAGAGGAAGUGACCCAACAGGAGCAAGACGUGAAGUUGAAGCAUUUCGAAUAUGCGUUGAGCCAAGUACGACGACAGAUCACCGAUACAGUCAUUCAAGAAUAUGAACGAUGGAGGGAUGCGCAAUCCUAG